GAGGUUUAGUGUCAGCUGUGUUCUUAUUAAACUAUAGCACAGCGGGAAAUUUAAACAGAAACGGCAAAAAAUUCUAAAACUACUUAACACACACAGCUGGUAAUUGUUGUUUUUCUUCUUCCCGCCAGUAGGCAUAACGUUUAAAAUACAAUUAAAACACAGGAACCUAUGGGGAAUACCUUUCAAAUAAAACAAUAGAAACACAAAGUGUUAUUAGCCAAUCAAAUCAAAGUUUAUUUGAUCUUUUAGCCAAUCAUUUUUAUUUAUUAUUUUAUGAAUGGCUUUUGUUAUGUUUUGAUCUGUUCAUAUGAUCAGACCAAAAGAUUAUGUUGAGUAGUUCUUGUUUGGCCACUGAGUCAGCGGUGCAAAAAGCUUUUAAAAUUUAAAAUUUAAGGAGGGAAUUUUGUUAUAGUAAUUUAUAGUGAUUUAUAAUAAUACGAGUCAUGGCACUUAUAAGUGAAUUGAGACGUUCUUUGUUCAAUAUUCCUGCUGGAAAAAAAGUUUGUCGUAGUUUAUUUGGGACUGUCGAUCAUGAUGAAAUAAAAGCAGACUUAAAAAAAGAAUAUAACGAACACAUACAAAUAAAGACAAAGUUAUGGAACUUUGACUUUGAACGUAACAUACCAAAGAAUAAAGAAAAUGGACUUAAAUGGGUUGCUUGUCCAACUAAAGUAGCCGAGUAUACUGUAAAGCCUGGAGUUAGUUUAAUCACAGCAUUUUUAGAAGAGGAAAAAGUCGCAAAAAAUAGUUUGACGCAUGAAGAAAGACAUCUUUCCUUGAGCCCAAAUUCAGUUUCUGAAGGGUUAAGAUCAAGACUUGAAGAGAAUAAUACUAAAGAAGAUAAGAGCAAAGUGAUUGACGAAGAUUGUAGAAUUGUACGUAUUGUUAACACCUCCCCAACUCGUCCUCGGUUACAUCGGUCAAACCUGAACGACAUUGUGACUCGUACAGUGCUUUCUACGACGAACAUGUUAUCCUGUGGUGGAAAAAGAAAACGAGAUUCUCAGCCUCGUAUUGAUGAUUUUAUGAAGAAAAAGAAACCUCGCGUAUCAAUGGAUCUAUCCCAGAAAUCUUUACGAAAAGAUAUCUCUCCUAUUUCAAGACGACUACGGUCAUCACCCUCAACUCAGGUUUCCGUAUAGAUGUUCCUAUUGGUUCGAAAACACGAAAGCAUUUCUUCCAAGAAGAUAUAAAUUUAAAUAUUUUCAUUUUGAAAAGACUAUUUUUUGCAAAGUUUUUUUUUGUUUGUAUUUUUUUACAUCAUAAAUUACCUACAUGAUGUAAUCCCACCCUCCCUUGUUUUAAUAUAUACAAACAUUAUCCUUAUUUACUUUGUCAAAAAUUACAUAUUUUUUCAACAAACAUAUUAUAGUGCGUGCGGCCAUUGAUGGGCAACGUUAUGUCAAUAUUUAAUAUCGUACGAUAUAAUACAUGUAUUUUUUUGUCUGUAAUAUUAUAAAUUUAUUUUUUAUGUCAGACUUAUUGUUCCUAAAGAAAUUGUAUAUAAAACAAACCAUUUAACGUAUCAUUUGUAUAUACGAUCUUAAUUUAUGUGAUAAGAAUCCGGCAUAUGUCGGUUCAUACCA